UCUUUUUUCCUAUAAAAACUCUUCUUGUUUUCACUCAGUCACUUCCACCCAAGAUGUCCAUUGCCCCCAGUGAGCUGCUGUUCCUCCUGGCGAGCACAGUUUGUGUCACAGAGAUUCUUGCUCUACCAUCCCCUCUUCAGAAAGAUCCUAAGUGUGGGCAGAAAUUUCAUGAGACAAAACCGUGGAGUUACUUUAACCUUUUCACACGCAUUGUUGGGGGAAACCAGGUGCAACGAGGCUCACAUCCAUGGCAGAUUUCCUUGAAGCGAAGGGAAAAGCAUUUCUGCGGAGGCACCAUUGUUUCUGCUCAGUGGGUGGUCACAGCAGCUCACUGCGUCUUGGACAGGAAUUUACUUCAGGAUUUGAAGGUCACUGCAGGAGAGCAUGAUUUGAGGAUCAGGGAGCCUGAAGAGCAGACACUCCCUGUUAAAUAUGUCAUUAAGCAUCCAAAGUUUGAUCCCAGGAGACCAAUGAAUUAUGAUAUUGCCCUUCUGAAGCUGGAUGGAGCCUUCAACUUCAGUACAUCAGUUUUGCCAGCAUGUCUUCCUGAUCCUGGUGAAAAGUUCGAAGCAGGAUAUAUCUGCACUGCUUGUGGCUGGGGCCGUUUGCACGAGAAUGGAGUACUCCCUCAGGUAUUACAUGAGGUCAAUCUACCAAUCAUAAACAGUAGGGAGUGUUCAAGAGUAUUGUCAACUUUAAGGAAACCUAUCCAAGAGGACACUAUUUUAUGUGCUGGAUUUCCAGAUGGAGGAAAAGAUGCCUGCCAGGGAGAUUCCGGGGGUCCUCUCCUGUGCCGCCGCAGGCACGGUGCCUGGGUUCUAGCCGGUGUCAUCUCGUGGGGCAUGGGAUGUGCUCGUGGCUGGGUGAGUAACGAGAAGAAGCUACAUUACAGAAGAGGAUCUCCAGGAAUAUUUACAGACCUCGGUGCUGUGCUGCCCUGGAUUCAAGAAAAUAUGAGUACUGAUCUGAAAAUGAAAAGUUCCACAGCAUUUUGUAGUGCUCAGGGUGGCAAACUCCCCGGCAGUGAAGGAGAAUUACAUUUUCCUGGAAGCCCUGAGCAUUUCUAUCAAAAUCACCAAUUGUGUCUAUGGACUCUGUCUGCACCAGAAGGGAAUUAUAUAUUGCUUCGUUUUUCCCACUUCGAUAUAGAGUCAGAAACGUUUUGUGACUAUGAUUCUUUAUCAGUCUAUUCAAAAGAUGACAGGCUUGUUGGGAAAUUCUGUGGAGGAGAUCUUCCAUUACCUAUUUUGAUUGGCUCCAAUAGCGUAAGGCUGAAAUUUGUGUCUGACAGCAAGAAUUAUGGAACUGGGUUUUCCAUGACUUACAGAGCUCUUGCACCAGAUACUCUUCCUGAUUCUGGCUGUGAGUCUUUAGCUGUCCUUUUUGAAGAAGGAGUAAUACAAAGUAUGCACCAUCCAGAGCACUACAGCAACCUGGCAAACUGUCAGUGGGUGGUUUUUGCUCCAGAAGACCAUAUAAUCAAGCUUACCUAUCAGUCUUUUGAAGUAGAAGAGAAUGAAGAUUGCUCUUACGAUGCUGUGACUGUGUAUGAAGAUGUAGGAAAAGAGGAGGAAAUUGCUAAGUCUUGUGGAUUUGCUCUACCAGCUCCUGUUCUGAGCUCCUCUGAUAUGAUGCUGAUCGUCUUUCACUCUGAUGAAACAGAGACCUUUGGAGGAUUCAGAGCUACAAUCUCUUUUGUUCCUGUAGCAGAUUUAAAUACUUUGGAUUCAAGUAGUGAAGAAAAACUUAAAGAUAUGGAUAUGACUGUAGAAGACCUACAGAUUGAGACAGAUGGUAUUUGUGGAAUGGCUUCAAAUCAGCCCCGGUUCCUCUUCAGUAGGGUAAUUGGAGGUGAAGAAGCUGUGCCAUACUCGUGGCCUUGGCAAGUCAGCAUACAAAUUUCAGAUGAGCAUAUAUGUGGAGGAGCAGUUCUUGCCAAAGAAUGGGUUGUCACAGCUGCUCACUGCUUUAAAUCGAAGGAACCAUACAGAGACUUGUGGACGGUGGUCACGGGACUUCACGAUCUUGCAGAGCAAGAAUACAGACAGAAAAGGACAGUAAAGCAGCUUAUUAUCCACCCCAGUUUCAAUAAGACCACCAUGGACUGCGACAUUGCGCUCCGCUGUAGCGGUGCCUUGGAGACCGUAUUAUAUCUUGAAUUCAUGCUUUUGCUGGCUUCUGAGGUGUUUCUGUCUCUGUUCCAAGAUAGAGAAAAGGGGAAAAAACUGCAUCAGCUUGAGGUCCCCAUACUGGUGCUGGACACGUGUCAGAGCUAUUACAUAAACCUCCCCAGUAAAGUGACCCAGAAGAUGAUCUGUGCUGGGUUCCCUCUGGAGGAAGGCAAGGAUUCGUGCACAGGUGAUUCUGGUGGCCCGUUAGUUUGUCCUUCAGAAGAUGGCUCUGGACUGUACACCCUUAAUGGAAUCACUAGCUGGGGCCUGGGCUGUGGAAAGAAAAGCUACCCAGGAGUAUACACCAAUGUUGGUGUUUUUGUUGACUGGAUCAAGCAGAGUGUUAAUAGUAGUGAUCUUCCCAUUUUCAUGGUGUAACUGUCAAAGCAGCAGUUCUGCUGGACAACAUUGCAAGACACUUCCAAA